AUGCAUUCGCGCCUUGUGACAUUGCUCAUACUUGGUAUUUGCAUAUGGACCGCCAACACUACAUGUCUGAAAGAGUACACUGCGUCUCCUAGUGAACAAAACUUCACAGUGCAAACUGGUAUUCCCGGUUGUCAGGCUCUCGUAAAGCCGACGGAUGAGAAGAAAGUAAUGGUUUACUUGAAGGUCCAAGGGAGUGGUAGUGCCACGGAAUGUGUACAGGUGGCCAGUGGAGGCAUAAAGACGAGUAUAUGCGCGACGCCGAACAACAACUCUUUUAGUUCGACUGAUCCGACCGAGGUUGGUACAGAUUUGGGUGCAUCCAGCACAACGGUUACAACGACCACCACCACAACGACGACCACAGCGACGACAACGACAACGACACAAGCACCUGUCGUUCCGGGAGGCUCGCCCGAAGGUGCAAGUGUGAUGAAAUUACGCGAAAAGCGAUCCCCACCAAAGAACACCGAUAUAACUGUUUUCUACAUGCUGGAUGGGGCCGCCUUGUUCACUCCGUCGUUCGGAUUGACGCUAUUCAGUAUUCUGAAUCUUCUAUCUGUCAAUGUUUUGUGA